GAUGUAACAGUUUACCAGAGCUUCAGUCUAAGAUGCAACGUAGAGGACUACCAUGUUGUUGUUUUCUCCAAAGGGUUGAACAGUAGUGAGGCGGCUAGAACAGACACGAGGUGUUCGAUAUUAAUCUGGCUGGAACUCGGGGGGUGCAGUUGACUAGCAGCAAAGCUAAGCUAAGGUUAUAAAGCAGGUCAGCAGUGGAAGCUCUGUCCUUAAAGUUUUUGUGUGAUUUUGUUUUCCGUAUGCUCCUUAAAGGGGCUAGCCUCCGGGAUUGCUCUUGUUUCAAAGGUCGUAUGUUUGGGUCAUGUCUCCAAACAGAACCACUGACCUCCUCUGACUAAAAGCUGAGAUCAGCCUGGAGAGGAAUGUAGGUUGUCACCAGAGCUAUUUUGGCUAUGUACAGCCGCUAAUGAUUGUGAUCACACAGCAGAGCUGGGAGCAGUUGCUUUGCUUUCCUUUUUUCCCUACCAGCAAGUUUGAUCAUGCAGCUCUCGCCGACGCUGCAGGGAUUAGAGAGUUAAACGAAUGGCACGUCGGCUGCGUUUGCAGUUUGCGUCAAGGAGAAGCAACACGGACCCUCUGUCAGAAAGCCUCAGCAGCCAUGGUGAGGAGAGAGGAGUCAGUGUGUCAGCUCGUAGCCCCGCAGAGAGUGUGGCGCACAGCUCUGUCCACUUGAAGGUGACUCCUCUGUCACCAGACUAUGCUAAUUUACAGCGGUACUCUUCAGUAUUCAUACCCAGGGUGAACACAGGAGGAUUUAAUAAGAAGAGCAUUCUGCAGAUCUCGCUGCAGCCCUGUGGAAAGCUCAGCGGAGAGCUGGAUGGCAGUAUAGAGGAUGGAGACCCGGCGGCCAGUGAAGGAGGAGCAGGCAGUGGCUCUGACGGAGGCUCGUGCAGCAGCAGCAUGGCCAGCGAUGCCGGGUACUGUAGCAGCAACAGCAUCUUUGAGCCAGAGGGUUCAGAAAAGCACCGGACCACCCAGGAGAGGAGUCGACCCUGCUGCAAGUCCAAGGUGCCGCUGAGACGGUGCUCCUCCUUGGUUAUAUUCCCAAAGAGCCCCUGCAGCACCCCACCUGCUUCUCCAGUCAGUCCAGUGGCUCUACCUGCUCUCCCACAGGCGAGGGGGUGUCACCAGUCAUCUCUACAGACGUCUGCCAGCGAAUUCUCAAAAGAUGACGAGGACGUGAACUGCAGAGAGUCCACCGCCACCGCAGCAAGUGGCCAUCGUCUCCCAAAAGGAAGCUGCUCGGCCGAGUCGAGGGACACCAAACACAUGGUGCAAUUUAAUAUUCCUUUACAGGAUGAACCAAAAGGCAAAAUGGAGGACAGGAGUAAAAUAAGGGAACUGUCGUCAACUCUAGACAGAUCUAAUCGUCACUCGAGCAGCGUGCUGCUGCACUUUGCCCACCAGAGACCAGUGGUGUCCGGGAAGGGAGCUACAACCACGGCUACAGUCAAUGUGGAAUAUCCCGAGGCUCCUAACCCAGCCACACACACCGAGGGUGAACGCAACCCUUGCAAAAAACUGUAUCGUAGUACCUCUGCAUGUCCGUUCUCCUCGACUAAACCGUCAGAGAAAAACCAAAAGGCCUGUUCAUCAGGAAAAGGCCAGGAAAGGCCCGAGGAAAACCAUUGUCACCGCGCCAUACAAAGGAGCUUUUCCCUGGAGGUGCCCUACGCUAACACUGGAAUUUCAUGUCACGUUUCAAAUCCAAAACUCAGUAGUCCUCACUGUCCACAUGUGCACAUUCAUUUGUCUCCUCUCUGCCCAGCUAAGUUGCCUAGCUCUGUUACUGAUGUAAACACAAGCCACAAAGGGAAUAACACACCACAGAGCCCGGUUGAAAACACCAAGACACGUGAUGACUUUCUGGGACAGGUGGACGUCCCCUUAAAUCAGAUACCGACAGAAAAUCCUAAUAAUGAAAGGCCAUACACAUUCAAGGAUUUUCUGCUUCACCCACGAAGCCACAAGUCCAGAGUCAAAGGUCACCUGCGUCUCAAAAUGACGUACCUGCCGAAAAACCCGGGUUCAGGGGAGGAAACGGCCGAACAGACUGAGGACACGGAUCCUAGUUGGGAGUUCCUGGAGGCUCAGGACAUGUCAGGUCCCAGACAAAGCCAGCUGCUACCUGCUCUGUCCCCUGGCUGGGAGGAGCGGCAGGACAACCUGGGAAGAACCUACUUUGUCAAUCAUGAGAGCAGAACCACACAGUGGCAACGACCCACAGUCCAGGACAGCGAUGUGCAGAUGCAAAGAAGACAGAACAUUAAUAUGGACGCCGAGCAGGCCUUUAUUGCACGCAGGCAGAUCUCAGACCACGAUGAGAACAGCACGCGAGAGUCUCCUGAGAGCUGGGAGAUCAUUACAGAGGACGAGUCCACCUUGUACCACAGCAAUAACCAGAUCACAUCACCUCCACCCCACGGGCCUGCGGAGUUCGGCCCAUUCCGCGACGAGCUGAGAAACACUCGCGUUUCUGGGGCCACAGCUGGCGAGCUGCGCACCUCCCAGACGGAUCAUGCUAGUAAUUCAAGCCAUUCCAGUCUCAGAGGAAGUGCCCAGACUUCAACAGGAGAGGAACAUCCUGUUAAUCCGGUGCUGCUUCCCACCUCAUCUGGGCUGCCUCCAGGCUGGGAGGAGAAGCGAGACAGUAAAAGUAGACGCUAUUUUGUCAACCACAACAGCCGAACCACUUCAUGGACUCGACCCGUCAUUCAGAAAACCUCAGAGGCCCCAGCAGGAGCAGGAGCAGGAGCAGGAGCAGGAGCAGGAGCAGGAGCAGGAGCAGCAGCAGCAGCAGCAGCAGCCGGAGCAGCAGCAGCACGGAGUGGUGCAAGUGUACGCCAGAACCUGACUCCGCCUCCGCCCUUACCGCCCAUGACCCCCGAGGAGUCUCCUCAGCACACCCCAAGCCCCGAGGCCACACAGGAUUCUGGCUUCCUGCCGGCUGGUUGGGAGGUUCGCAGUUCUCCCAAUGGAAGACCCUUUUUUAUCGACCACACUACUAAGACAACUACCUGGGAAGAUCCCAGGCUGAAGGUUCCUGUGCUAAUGAGGAGGACAGCCUCACUCGACCCGUCUGAUCUCGGCCCUCUGCCGCCUGGCUGGGAGGAGAGGGUCCACACUGACGGGAGGAUAUUCUACAUAGAUCACAACACCAGGACCACACAAUGGGAUGAUCCCAGAUUACAGAACUCAGCUAUAACUGGACCAGCAGUGCCUUAUUCCAGAGAUUACAAACAGAAGUACGACUACUUCCGGAAGAAGCUGAAGAAACCGACUGACAUCCCAAACCGUUUUGAGAUGAAGAUGAGACGAAAUGCGCUGCUGGAGGACUCGUACCGACGCAUCCUCUCAGUGAAGAGGGCAGACCUGCUGAAGGCACGACUGUGGGUGGAGUUCGAGGGAGAGAAAGGACUGGACUAUGGUGGCAUUGCCAGGGAGUGGUUCUUCCUCAUGUCCAGGGAGAUGUUCAACCCGUACUAUGGACUGUUCGAGUAUUCUGCCACGGACAACUACACGCUGCAGAUUAACCCUAACUCAGGUUUAUGUAACGAGGACCACCUGUCCUACUUCAAGUUCAUCGGCCGCGUGGCAGGCAUGGCCGUGUAUCAUGGCAAACUGCUCGAUGCCUUCUUCAUUCGGCCUUUCUACAAGAUGAUGCUGCAGAAGCCGAUCACUCUCCAGGACAUGGAGUCUGUUGACAGUGAAUAUUUCAACUCCUUGAUGUGGAUUUUGGAGAACGACCCGACAGACUUGGAUCUGAGGUUCACCAUCGACGAGGAGCUCUUUGGACAGACUCACCAGCAUGAACUGAAGCCGGGCGGCACAGAGAUUGUCAUCACCAAUGACACCAAGAAGGAAUACAUCCAUCUGGUGAUGCAGUUUAGGUUCGUCAACAGGAUACAGAAGCAGAUGACUGCCUUCAAAGACGGAUUCUUUGAGUUGAUACCACAAGACCUGAUCAAGAUCUUUGAUGAGAAUGAGCUCGAGCUGCUCAUGUGUGGUCUUGGAGACGUGGAUGUGAAUGACUGGAGAGACAACACCAAGUACAAGAACAGCUACUCCUCCAACCACGGCGUUAUCCAGUGGUUUUGGAAAACGGUGCUGCUGAUGGAUUCAGAAAAGCGAAUCAGGCUCUUACAGUUUGUGACAGGAACAUCAAGGGUCCCAAUGAAUGGCUUUAAGGAACUCUAUGGGUCUAACGGACCACAGCUGUUCACCAUCGAGCAGUGGGGAACACGUGAUAAACUCCCCCGAGCCCACACAUGCUUCAAUCGACUGGACCUGCCUCCUUACGAGUCCUUUGAGGAGCUGCGGGAGAAACUUCACAUCGCCAUUGAGAACGCACAAGGCUUCGACGGGGUGGAUUAGAGCUCGUGCUGUAGCUGAGCUGAACUGACAUAACUGCAUGAUGUGGUGAAGAAGUUGACGGGAGAAAAAGACAAGCUGUGCGUCAGAUUCGGGUCUUAACCUGCCAGCUGUGUGACAGAUGAAGGACAGUCACACAACCUUCACUUUGGUCCUCCAUUGAGGCACACAUGGAGAAAAGACAUGAAAUCUGGAGUGACGGAGGGAUUUAAUCACUCUACGUGUUCUAAAGUUUACAAAGCAAACAUGCAAAGCUGUAUACUGUAUAACAAAUCAUCUAACCUUUAAAAAACAGUUUUAUUUGGGCUGAAUUGCCUCAGAGAAACGUUAUGCUCGGAUUCUCACAUCAGGUACUUGUGAGAUUUUGUCUUCACGUUGUAGUUGAUGGGAAAUUAGUUCAGUUGUGUUGCUCCUCUUUGGAAAUCACUUGUCCCUUCACCACAUGUUGAUGCUGGAAAGAGUGGACCAUGGGUCAGAACAUACUUGCCAACCUUCCCGUUUUUAA